AAAAGAAAAGUUGCAUUUUAUUGGGUGUUAAAAGACCUAUCUUCAUUGUAACAAAUUGUAAAUUGUGAAGUGAAGUUAAGCUAAGUUAGAAGUUAGAAGGAGUAUCCAAAUAUGGGUGGCUAUAAUCAGUUUCUCUACUAUUACACUAUCUCGCGCAUCAAACUCCUCGCACGCCCGCGCCAGCCCUUCUUUCUUGACACUAUACGGAGAUAUAGCAAGGAAAAUUAUGAUCAUCAUGCAGAAGAGAAAGCACCUACCACAGCUGAAGAAUUCACAAGAGUUGCUGAAGAAAUGGCUGAGGAAAAAGAACAUCAAGGCUUUAGCAGCCAAACAGUGGACAAAGCACAAGAUGCCAUAAAAGAGGCUACAACCACAACUGAUUCUACUUUUGAAUCUGUCAAAGAAAGUUACAAAGAGACUACUGGAAAAGAAAAUUCUCAGAAGAAGUGUGAUGACUUUGAUGAUCUACUUAAAAGUAACCCACAAAACCAAAUUAGUAGUUAAAAUCUGAGUUUGUUUUUUAAUUUGAAAUUAGAGUUGUAAUUAACCUAGUGGUGCAACUUUUUUUUUAAAUCUAAAUAAUUAAUAGUAGUAGUUCUGAUGAACCUCAUGACAUGUAAGUUUUGCUAACUUGGUACUUUUCUUAGA